AUGUACCUUCUUGUUAUAUUAAGUAAUCUAGUUUACUUUUUUAGGAUCAACCUGGAGUUUUAUGUAAUCAAGAAUUUUCAAAUACAUGUGGAAGAUCCAGCAAAAAAACAAAAGACAGAUGGAGUAUAUUCCUCUGACAUUCCCCGCUCAGAUGGUUUCUGGGUAAACAAUACGUGGCAUUCGCACGCAUGCGCUGGGCUCGAGUUUGAAGAUCUCAAUAAAAGGCUUUCCCCCUGUUUACAGCACAAGAACAUUUCCUUGCUAGGAGAUUCCACCUUCCGACAGUGGUUUCACGAGCUUGUUGACAUUUUCAACGGGAAAAAUCACUCAAAUGGGCUUAAAAUGUUUCAUCGUGUGGCAGACCUUGACAUUGACAUCUUUUUUCAAUUCCAUCCUCUUUGUAUUCUCGCAGAACAAAAGGUUAUUCCAUUCGCCAGUAUGAAGUAUGAGAGUGAAAUUAUACGCGAGAUGCAUGAUUGUAACCGCGUUGUCGUAGUCGGCCCAUGGGCCCACUACGGUCAGUGGACAAAAAAGAGCUAUCUCGAUCGUCUUUACGGAAUCCGAGAUGCAGUCGUUGACUUUUUACAAAGGUGCCCAAAUGCAACUGUUGCUAUAAAGGGAUCCCAUCCACGCAAUCAUAAGAAUAUAUAUUUUUACAUAUUUGGAAACGACUAUAUAUUUCGUCAAUACAAUUUGCUUUUACGAGAGGUUUUUAAAGGAACUGGCGCAGUAUUUCUGGAUGUGUGGGAUAUGAACUUAUCAUAUUAUGCUUCCAAUACACUACACAUGCCGCAGGCCGUUAUCCGUCAGGAGAUGAAACUUUUAUUUGCUUGUCACGUAUGUCGAUGACAUCACCAUUGUAUAUCCGUCCGGACCGUUAUAACGCCUGGUUUUCAUAAAACCGCCAACUAACCCUGCAGCGCUUUUGCCGCAACAUAUUAUCUGAUCUCGAUUAUUUCGUUCAUUCUGGACUUCGUAUUAUACUUAUUGUGUAUGAGUAUGUGCUAUGUUUUAUUGUAAUCUGAAAUAAUGUAUAUUAAUGUAUAUUAAAAUGUAUAUAUUACGGUAAUAUAUAUUAACAAUAAGGGAGGAGCGAGUAUUACAGAACCUUGUGGUACACCACAUGUGAUAGAAGAAAGUUUGGAGUCAAAAAUAGAAAAAAGAAGUAAAUUGUUGGCGACCGAUCAGAUAGCUUUUAAAUAAAAAAUAAAAAAUAUAUA